AGACUUUGGGGAUUAACAGUGGAGGGGACUGGUACUUGCUGUGUAGCUGAAAGACUGCUCAGAGAUAUAAAGGAAGAAGCUCUCUGCUUGCUGGCCUGGGAACAUUACAAUACAUCUGGCAGAAUCCUUAGAAGAAUCCAUGUGUCUCCUGCGCCUGUUGUGUGUGGUGUGUAUAGUAUCCAGUGUCCAUGGUGGAGUCUUAACCGAAAAUGUAACGCUGGCAAAAUUGGGUGAAAGUGUGACUCUAAGAUGUAAGCUACAAAUGCCAGCAGCAGAUGUUAAGCAGGUGACAUGGCAGAAGAUUGUAGACAAGAUAUUGGUACAGGUUGCAACCUACUCACCAAAAGAUGGCUCAAAAGUCCAACCACCAUAUCAAAACAGAGUGAACAUCACCAUGUUGGGUUUAAAUGAGACCGCCAUCACUAUUAGGCUCACCCAGGCUGACGAUGAAGGAAUGUACCAAUGCGUUUUUAAUGUUUUUCCAAUUGGUUCUGUAGAAGGGAAACCUUUUAUCAACUUUGGUGAUGUGCUGACAGAUAAGUCGAAAGCGGUAAGACUGGGUGAAAGUGUAUCUCUAAAUUGUGUCUUCCGGAAACCUGUGGAAGUUACUCAGGUGAUAUGGCAGAAAACUGUAAAAGACAAACAAGUCAAUAUUGCAAUAAUCCGAAAGGAAGGGGCAGAAGUUAUGGAGCCUUACAAAGACAGACUGAAAGUCUCCAUUCUCGGUCUGAAUGUCACUGAAAUCACUGUGUGCAAAGCACAGGCUGGUGAUGAAGGUGCCUACCGCUGUGUAUUCAAUACUUCCAAGUCUGGUACUAUAUCUGGGGAAACCUCUAUUGAUGCAUACGAACCUCUCAGUGGAAAAAUGGAAGUGAAGUCAUUAAAUGGCAAGACAAACGUUACCUGUGUGGCUACCAGCUAUCCACGACCUAAUACUUACUGGAUUGGAGUGGGAGAAGGAAAUCUAAAUGGGAGUGUGUUGGAAACACACAGUGGCAUUGUAACUGUAAAAAGCUGGAUCGUUGUAAACGCCACUGUAAGUGAAGUGAGGGAGAAGCUGGAAUGUCGAGUUCACCACGCAGAAAAGGAAGCAGUCUUUAAAAUACCAGAAAAGUCAUAUCCCCAAACAACCAUAAUAGUGCUAACUGUAGUGUUGCUGAUGUUGGUCCUGGCACUCGUAUUGUUGAUCUGUCGGGCCAAGAAAAGAAGAAAGUCGCAGCAUCUGUAAAGGUUCGGGUUUGAAUACCCUGGUUUGAGAGAACCAGGCAGCUGCUGUUCAUAACCUUUUGUGGAGCAGACCACACGCAGAGAAGACGUUAUUUCCGUUGGUGUUAAAUGUUUGCUUUAAAAUGGAACCACUUUGUUCCAUAUAUUUCAUUUUUUUUAAGGGCAAGUAAAGUUUGUUUCAUCACGACAAUAUGCAUUUCACUUGCCAUAGGGCUGCUGAAAUUUUUUUCAGGUGGAGGGGGACCAGUAAGUAAUAUUCACAUGGAGGGGAUUGUGUGUCCUGUACCUGGUUUUUGGGGGGCAUGUGCUCCUAAUGAUUGCUCUUUUUCUCCUCUGCUGUCUUCUACAGCCCUACUAGACUUGGGCCCCACCCCUAGUGACCUGUUGUAAAUGUGCAGUCACACACACAUGUACACACCAGUAUCCUGAAGGCCCUGACAGUACACAGCAGAUCAGUGGCACAAAUACUGGGGGAGCAGUGGGUACGAUCGCACCUGGCCCCCCCCCAUUAGGGCCUGCCGGAGUCAUCAAGCACACUACAAGGAGAUCCAAUGGUAAGAGUGUGUGCCACCCAUCAUAUAUCCUGCUGGGUGGGGCAGACUUGCGGACUUGCAGGGGGACCCAGGGGUAAUCUUUGUACCCAGACCCUUAACCCCCUAGUUAACCCCAUUGCAGCAGAUCAUUUUGUGUGGCCACAAGUGAGAAAGAAGGGCAGACAGCUGGGGUGUGUGGAAGGCAGAAAAUUGAUAAAUCUUUAGUUUCUCUUAAAGAAGAUUUAAAAAUGCUAUUAUUUAAACAAAAAUAUACCCCUCUUUUUGACAUGAGUCAGUUGGGCAUCUCGAAAAGGUGCAUAACAGCUAUCUAAGAAAAAUAGACAUACCGAAUUCUAAGACUGAAAGGAGACCUUGAUAGCCUAGUACAGAAACCAGCCCCCCCAACCACCUUACGCUCACAGUGUAAAGCAACCCCUCUAUCGCCUUGUUCCAUUGUAAUGUGACGGGUUCCAGGGUCAUUCCUGCCAUGAGGCAAGGUGAGCACCUUGCCUCAGGCGGCAGUGAACGGUCAGUUACAAGGGGCGGCAAAAAGCCGCAUCCUGUAACUUUAACAGCCGAAUUUCUAGUUUUUAAACCGGAAAUUCGGCUCUGCUAGGGCAGAAAGCGCAGUACGCAUUCUUGAGCUAGCAAUGCAGCCCCUUUUGACCCGCUCCGACUAACUUUUAAGCGCGGAGCGGAAGAGGGGGGCAGCAUCGGAGUUGCUGCCUCAGGCGGCAGCAGCCGACGCGAUCACCCCUGCAACUUUUUACUGUGGAACAAGCUGAGGGAGGGGUUGUAUUACACUGUGAGCCUCAGGGAUGCUGGAAAAAGCUUAAUCAGAAGUUUUAAAUCUGUAGAACCAUGUCUGAACUUUCAGGAAUAAUUUGCUUUCUGCCUAAGCUCAACUGAAUGACCUCAUGUCAAAAAGACAUAGGGUAUAUUUUCCCUUUAAGCUUCUGUUAUUUAUGUGUGUGCCAUACAUGCUAAUGAAUGUAUAGGGAAUCUCUGUGCUUGAUUCAUACUUUUGGUUCCUCUAAUUGUUCCUAUUUCCUGUUUUAACGACCGGAGCAAACUGUGCCAAAAACACUGGACAAAUACAAGUGCCUUAAGUUUUAUUUCUGUUCUAAAGAUAUACUGUAUAUAUAUAUAUGUGUUUUGCACAUAGGAAGAAACAAAUGUUACUGAAAUGUGUAAUAAGCAUAAAAUAAAGUUGUUUGAGAAGCCA